GCUGCUUGUGCCAUGUAAAAAUCGAUCCCAAUUGGCAGCCAUUUGGGCUUUUAUAUCUGUCAAGCUCUCUUUUUGGACUGUGGUCAUUAAAUGAAGGGAUCUGGUCUGGAAGGGCCCAUCCAUUCCCUCAGCUGGGCGAGGGACCAGGCAAACUGUCUCCGGCAAUCUAAAUAAGAGGGAAUGUUGAACAGGGAGCACCGCUGGGGCCGAACAGAGGAGCAGGAACCGGAGCCCGGGCUGUGUCCGCAAACUGUCGGAUCCGGACUUUGGCUCAGGGACGGUUGGAAGUGGGAGAUGGAGAUGCCAGAGGAACCGGCCGAUAGUGGGCAUUCGCUGCCCCCGGUUUAUAUUUAUAGUCCCGAGUAUGUCAGCAUUUGUGACUCUCUCGUCAAGAUUCCCAAACGGGCCAGUAUGGUCCACUCUCUGAUUGAAGCAUAUGCCCUGCACAAACAAAUGAGGAUAGUGAAGCCCAAAGUGGCCUCCAUGGAGGAUAUGGCCACCUUCCACACUGAUGCCUAUCUGCAACAUCUCCAGAAGGUUAGCCAAGAAGGUGAUGAGGACCAUCCAGACUCCAUAGAAUACGGACUAGGUUAUGACUGCCCAGCCACAGAAGGAAUAUUUGACUAUGCGGCCGCCGUGGGAGGAGCUACAAUCACAGCUGCCCAGUGCCUGAUUGACGGGAAGUGUAAAAUAGCAAUUAACUGGUCUGGAGGGUGGCAUCACGCAAAGAAAGAUGAAGCAUCUGGUUUUUGUUAUCUCAAUGAUGCUGUCCUGGGAAUAUUAAGAUUGCGACGGAAAUUUGACCGUAUUCUCUAUGUGGAUUUGGAUCUGCACCAUGGAGAUGGUGUCGAAGAUGCCUUCAGUUUUACAUCCAAAGUUAUGACUGUGUCCCUGCACAAAUUCUCCCCAGGAUUCUUUCCAGGAACAGGUGACAUGUCUGAUGUUGGCCUGGGAAAAGGCCGGUACUACAGUGUCAAUGUGCCCAUUCAGGAUGGCAUACAGGAUGAGAAGUACUAUCACAUCUGUGAAAGUGUACUAAAGGAAGUGUACCAGGCCUUCAAUCCUAAAGCAGUGGUUUUACAGCUGGGUGCAGAUACCAUCGCUGGGGACCCAAUGUGCUCCUUUAACAUGACGCCAGUGGGGAUCGGCAAGUGUCUGAAGUAUGUGCUUGAAUGGCAGUUGGCAACUCUGAUUUUAGGAGGCGGAGGCUAUAACCUUGCCAAUACGGCUCGUUGCUGGACAUACUUGACCGGGGUCAUCCUAGGGAAAACACUAUCCUCUGAGAUCCCAGAUCAUGAGGUACCAGUGGAUCCAAGGCUCAGAUGGUUGCUCCUCGUGGUGCAGUCAGUGCCACAGUUCCAGUCACCUCAUUGGUCACUCCGUGUCCUGGAGGUCGCUUCGUGCUCCUGGGGUUUGCCUGCUCCGGCCCCAGGGUUGCCAGCUCACUCCUGUUUCUGUAAAUGUCCCUGGUCUAGAUCUGCUCCUGCGGAGGUCCCUGUCUUAAGUUUUUCACAGCAUAUGGUCCUGAUUAUGUGCUGGAAAUCACGCCAAGCUGCCGGCCAGACCGCAAUGAGCCCCAGCGAAUCCAGCAAAUCCUCAACUACAUCAAAGGGAAUCUGAAGCAUGUGGUCUAGUUGACAAAAAGAGAUCAGAUUUCCAGAGCUGGGAAGCAGUGCCUAUAAUGAAGACAGUGUGUUGAUGCAAGCAGUUUGUGGAAUUUGUGACUGCAGGGGAAAUUUGGAAGAAAUUACUUCCUGAAAAUUUCCAAGGGGCACCAAGUGGCAGCUGGCCUCCUGGGGUGAGGAGGCAGGCACCCCAGAGCCAGGAAGAUAUCCAAUGUUUAAAGUGUUUAUUUUAAAACACACACACAAAUGCCGUUUUUAAUGUUUCCAAAUUAUUUUUAAUCAAGUUGGGGGGGAGUAUUUUUAUCUUCUUAAAGGGGACAAAUCUAAAGCUGUAGGAAAGUGGGAUGGGGUACAGCAGACAGGCAGGUUUGGACCCCAGGGUCAUUUGGUAGAGCCCUGUGGGGGGGAGGUGGCUGUUAGCAGACUAGGGGAGGGAGAGGAGUCUUGCCACUUUAGUUUUAGUAUUGUGCACUCAUGUUGUUUCUAAUAAAAAUCUUUCAAAACCUA